AGAUCUGUUCAUACCUCCUAACUGCAAACUGAGUAAGUUUCAAAUUCCUGAUCCCUCGUGCGACCCGGGGACAAGUCAUUUCAUCUCUCUACUUCAUUUCCUCGUCUGCUUAAAAAAGAAUCGGAGGGGAGGGACCAGAUGCCCCAGGGUUCCCUUCCAUCUCUAAAUCUAUGAACCUGCGGUCUUUCCAGGCGCCAGCUUCUUCUUCCCCACCCCCGCGCUGGGCUGCAGAGCAGGGCAAAGGACAGCCUAGAUUGGGGUCCGGAGUGCGCGAGGCAGGGCGGAAGAGGCGGAGCGGAGCCCGAGAAGCCGCGGACCUUGGCCAGAGACUGGGGGGGAGGGGGCGCGGUACCCCAGCAUAGCCAUGGCUCCGCUGCGCUUCGCGGCCAACCUCUCCUGGCUGUUCUCGGAGCAGGGCCCGGCGCUAAGCGCGCGCCUCGAGGCCGCAGCCCGGGCAGGUUUCAGGGCAGUCGAGGUGGCCUGGCCGUACACGGAGCCCGCGGCGCCGCUAGCGGCGGCGGCACGGGCUGCGGGGCUGCAGCUAGUGCUGCUCAACACGCCGCCGGGGUCCGCAGACCUUGGGGAGCUGGGGCUGGGCGCCGUACCCGGGCGCCAGGACGCAUUCCGCGAGGGGCUGGAGCUGGCAGUCGCGUAUGCGCGGGAGCUCGGCUGCCCCCAGGUGCAUCUGAUGGCCGGCCGCGUCCCUCAGGGCGCUGAACGCGCCGCCGUGGCCAAGGAUAUGGAUGCUGUAUUUGUGGAGAACCUGCGGCACGCCGCCGACGUGCUGGCCCGCGAGAACCUCGUGGGGCUGCUGGAGCCCAUCAACACCCGCCUCACGGAUCCGCGAUACUUCCUAGACACGCCCGAGCAGGCGGCGACCAUCCUGCGCCGAGUGGACCGGCCCAACCUGAGGCUGCAGCUGGAUGUAUUCCACUGGCAGAUCAUGGGCGGGAACCUGACCGCCAACAUCCGCACCUUCCUGCCCCUGGUCGGACACGUGCAGGUGGCCCAGGUCCCCGAUCGAGGCGAGCCCGACAGCCCGGGGGAGAUAAACUUCCCUUACUUGUUCCAGCUAUUGGAGGAGCUGGGCUAUGUGGGCUUUGUGGGCUGCGAGUACCGGCCCCGCGGGGACACCCAGGAAGGCCUGAGCUGGCUGCGGGCCUAUUGGGAGAGCCGGGGACUGGCCCCUGCCUAGUGCUGAGGGCCUUUGCACUUGGCCCAAUUUGUCAAUAAGUAACCUUCCCAUCCCCCCGUUGCCAUUUGGCCCCUAAAAAUGACAUCAGUCCACAAAACUUCGGUGUUGUCCCAUCUGAUAAAGGGGAACGAGUCUGAGGCCUCUUCAUCUUUAUAUCCUUGUGCCUGGCGCUGCGUGUGGCUUAAUAAAUGCUUACUGUUUGACUCA